AUGAUCCCCCGCACGAUCGUCGCUCGCCAGCUCACCCGCUCAGGACUCCUCCGGGCCUCGUCCUCAUACCCCUCCAAGGCCUCGCUCACUGCCGCCCGUGGCCUCGUCAAUGCCAAGCAGUCCUCCUGGCGGGAAGCAACCGCUGCUGCUGCAGUUCAGCAGCAGCGUGGGUACUCUGGAAGCGCCACUGCAGCCCAGUCUGAGAAGGAGACGAUCACAAAGCUGCUUUACAACAUUGGAUCGCGCAAGGAGGUUGAACAAUACCUCCGCCACUUCUCAUCCGUCGAGUCGCAAAAGUUUGCCGUCAUCAAGGUCGGAGGUGCCGUCCUCACCGAUGAACUCGACACCCUCGCCUCCGCCAUCACCUUCCUCAACCGUGUCGGUCUCUACCCCAUCGUCCUCCACGGCGCUGGCCCCCAGCUGAACAACUUACUUGAACAGGCUGGAGUCGUCCCCGAUUACCACGAUGGAAUCCGUAUUACUGAUGAAAAGACGCUGGAGAUUGCUCGCAAGGUGUUUAUGGCCGAGAACUUGAAGCUGGUCGAGGCUUUGGAGAAGAUGGGAACCCGCGCUCGUCCCUUGCCUGGUGGAGUCUUCACGGCCGAGUACCUGGACAAGGAGAAGUAUGGAUUUGUGGGAAAGAUCACUGGUGUCAACAAGGAGGUGAUUGAGGCUUCGAUCCGCGCUGGUGCGUUGCCCAUCCUGACCAGCUUGGCCGAGACCCCCGCUGGCCAGAUCCUUAACGUCAAUGCGGAUGUUGCUGCAGGAGAGUUGGCCCGCGUGUUGGAACCCCUCAAGAUUGUGUACUUGAACGAGAAGAAUGGACUCUACAACGGCGACACUGGCAAGAAGAUCGAUGUUAUCAAUUUGGACGAGGAAUAUGCAGAUCUGCUCAAGCAGCCCUGGGUCAAGUACGGCACAAAGCUCAAGAUCAAGGAGAUCAAGGAGCUCCUCGACCACCUUCCCCGCUCCUCCUCCGUCGCCAUCAUCUCCGCCGGACACCUCCACAAGGAGCUCUUCACCGACUCUGGUGCUGGUACCUUGAUCCGCCGCGGCUUCAAGCUCUUCCACCACAACUCGCUCGAGCAGCUGGACAAGGACCGUCUCCGCAGGAUCUUGGAGCAGGAGGAUCCCCAGGUCCAGUCUGGCCAGGUCAGCGUCUCGUCCUACCUCCACGACCUCGAGAACACCAAGAAGGGCUUCAAGGCCUAUGGCGAUGAGCCCUACGAGGUCCUUGCCGUUGUCAAGAACGACGACGAGACCGGCAGCGGUGUCCCCAAGCUGGACAAGUUCAUUGCCACCAAGGCUGCGGUCCUCAACAACGUCACAGAUAACGUCUGGGCUCUGCUGUCGAAAGAUUACCCCGCGUUGACCUGGAUCGUGGACGAGAACGACUCCAACAAGGGCUGGCACUUUGACAAGGCCGAAGGCUCCUUCACCAAGAACGGAAAGACGCUCUUCUGGAAGGGCUUGAACGAUGUUGGAACUAUUGAGAAGGUCGUCUCGCAGUUCUUGGAUACCCAGACUAAGGAGGCUGUCAACGCUGCUACCUCGGGAUCUGCCUUUGCCAACGGCCAGCGCCGCUCUUUCUCGACUGGGUUUAACAGCAAGUCAGCUUCGCCCUUCAUGGGCGGCCGCCGCAUGUUCUCGACCAGCUCCCCUGCGCAGCGUGAUGUCAAGAAGAUCGGACUCAUUGGCGCUCGCGGUUACACCGGUCAGGAGUUGAUCCGUCUUGUCAACAACCACCCCUCGUUGGAGAUCUCGUACGUUUCCUCGCGUGAGCUCGAGGGCAAGCCCUUGGAGGGUUACACCAAGAGCCCCAUCACCUAUGUCAACCUUUCUCCCGAUCAGGUCAAAGAGAAGACUCAGUCCGGUGAAGUCGAUGCCUGGAUCUUGGCUCUCCCCAACGGAGUCUGCAAGCCCUUUGUCGAUGCUAUCGAGUCGGUCGAAGAGGGCAAGAAGAUGGUCCUCUGCGAUCUCUCUGCCGAUUUCCGCUUCACGGACUCUUGGACCUAUGGGCUCCCAGAGUUCAACCGCGCCAACUUGCCCGGCGCAACCCGUAUCUCCAACCCUGGAUGCUACGCCACUGGAUCCCAGCUCUCAAUCCGCCCUCUCCUGGAGCACUUGGGCGGCACUCCCUCGAUCUUUGGCGUCUCUGGAUACUCUGGCGCAGGAACUAAGCCCUCGCCCAACAACGACGUCAAUCACCUCAAGGACAACCUGGUCCCCUACGCCCUGACCAACCACAUCCACGAGCGUGAAGUUUCUCACCAACUUGGCCGCGAGGUCAACUUUAUCCCUCACGUCGCCCCCUUCUUCCAGGGUAUCACCCUGACCGUCAACCUGCCCCUUAACAAGACUAUGACCUCUGGAGAAGUCCGCGAGAUCUACGAGGCCGCCUAUGAGAACGAGAAGCUCGUCCAUGUCCUUAAGGGUGUUCCUCUUGUCAAGGAUAAUGCAGGAAAGCAUUUCGCACGGGUUGGUGGGUUCGGAGUUCAUUCGACCGGAAAGAGAGUUGUGGUUGUGGCGACGAUUGACAACUUGUUGAAGGGUGCUGCUACCCAGGCUGUUCAGAACUUGAACUUGUCCCUUGGACUUGGCGAGUACACUGGUAUCCCCCUUGAUUAG